AUGUCCAAUGCAACGAGUACAGCAAGUGGAGGAGAUACGAAAGCGCCUGAAACAACAGUCGUUACUGAGGUGCCACCAAGCUUACACAGAGUGCUCUUGCUAAUGGUGAAGAACUUUUUCUCGAAGGAACAUUAUCUAGUUGUCUACUACAUAAUGAGAGCCGUGUGCAUUAGAGAGGAAAACCUGAGAAGCCGACUCAAUUUCGACCAGAAGCAGUUGAGGCAGCUCCUCGCUGGGUUGAAGAAUGAAAAGCUGGUGAAAGAUCGCUUACUGCAACAAAAGAAUGAAACCGGUAGAAACGUCUCCAUCAUUUUCUACUUUAUCAACUACCGCGCUAUUAUAAAUGUUCUUAAAUAUAAAAUUGAUCAUAUGAGGCAAAUGUUAGAGGCGAGGGAAAAGAAUGAGUUGCAAAAGGCGAACUACAAGUGUGAGCAGUGUGGUGCGCAGUACGAGGACAUGGACAUUGAUAGGAUAUUUGACCCACAAACAGGAACGUUGAAAUGUUGGCGAUGUCAAGGUGAAGUGACGCAAGAUAUCACGGGAGGACCUACUCAAGUUACAAGGACGCUUCUAGCCCGGUUUAAUGAGCAAAUGCUCCCAUUAUUCGCAGCUAUUCGGGAACUGGCUGGCAUACAGCUGGCACCACAUCUUCUGGAACCGGAUAUAAAUCAAUACCUGGCCGAGGAAGAUAAAACCGCGGAGACUAAUCAGCAACUGCUUGACUUUUCGACGUCAGCUGGUGGCACGCGUGCCCAGCUUGGUGGAUCUGCCCAUUCAUAUCAUGCUGGUCCGUCAAUCAAAUAUGCUAAUGCUGACCAAAUUACGGUGGAUUUGAAUGCUGACACAAAUAGCAAGCCAGUCGAGGAGGCUAAAGUGGUACCAACAUGGCUUCAAGACGAUGCGAUUGGUGGUGGCGAACAAAACGUUGCAGAUGAAGAAUUGGCAAUUGGAGCUGGCGGUACCGAGGCAAUGCCUCAUGUUUCAUCGUCGGUGUCCUUAAGUUUGAUGGCUGAAUUGGAGAAUAUUGAAGAGCCCCCACAGAAACGGUCACGGCCCAACGAAGACGAGAAUGGCGCCACAAACGAUGGAACAGAAGCUGAGGAGGAUGAGGAUGACGAUGAGGAAGAAGAAGUGGUCCUUGUUGCUGGAAAAACGGUUAGUUCACAUUUGCAAGAU